AGAGAGCGGACCGCACUUUCAGCUCAUUUUCUUCCUGUCACUCUGUCUCAUUCCCUCUCACUCCUCUAAUCUCUCAUGGUCCCGCUGCAAAGAUCCUAAUUCCUCCCGACCGACACCGCUUUCUGCCCCCUUUUCACUUUUAUUAGCGGGGCGCGCUGCUGGGGAUUUCCUGUCCUGUUCAAGUCGCGCGCUACUUUUUGGGGUUUUCUCCCACUUUUGAACUUUAGCGCGAGCUGAUCGAGGUGCCCGAGGUGAUCAUGGCCGUACCGGCUGCUCUGAUCCCGCCGUCCGCUUUGGUCCUGCCGUCUCCCAUCUCAUCCUCGUCAUCGGUCAACACUUCAUCUCCGUCUGCCACUUCUUCUCCGUGUCCGUCCGUGGCUCCGGCCAUUGCCAACCCGUUCCGCGCGUCAGCGGGCAGUCCGGUCGUUCCGCUGUCCGUCACUCCGAGCUCGCUCGCCUCCAAGCCCGUCUACUCCACCCCGUCUCCGGUGGAAAACACGCCGCAGAACAACGAGUGCAAGAUGGUGGAGCUAAGGAGCGCGCAGGUGGCCUCGUUCACCGUGGACGGUCGGGAACUGAUCUGCCUCCCUCAGGCCUUCGAUCUCUUCCUCAAGCACCUGGUGGGAGGACUGCACACCGUCUACACCAAGCUGAAGAGGCUGGAGAUCACGCCGGUGGUAUGCAACGUGGAGCAGGUGCGCGUUCUGCGCGGCCUCGGUGCCAUCCAGCCCGGGGUAAAUCGCUGCAAACUUAUCAACAGGAAAGACUUCGAGACUCUUUAUAACGACUGUACCAAUGCCAGCUCAAGACCCGGGAGGCCUCCGAAGAGGACCCAAAGUGUUACAUCGCUAGAGAAUCCUCAUAUAAUGCCUCACUCGGUGCCAGGCCUCAUGUCUCCAGGAAUCAUUCCCGCUACAGGUCUCACGGCUGCAGCUGCCGCCGCCGCCAUCGCUGAGGCCAUGAAGGUGAAGAAGAUCAAGCUGGAAGUGAUGAGCAGCUACCACGCCAACAGCGCUCAGCACUGUGGCGCCUCGGAGAACGGGGACCUCAGUUCCAGCAUGGGUCUGGAGCUGCCAUUCAUGAUGAUGCCCCACCCCCUGAUCCCUGUCAGCCUGCCUCCUGCGUCAGUCACCAUGGCAAUGAGUCAGAUGAACCACCUCAGCACCAUCGCCAAUAUGGCCGCCGCAGCACAGGGACAGAGUGCCCCUUCCAGAAUGGUGACAUCAGUGAUUAAGGAGCGGGUGCCUGACAGUCCUUCCCCAGCUCCCUCUCUGGAAGACGGCAGGAGGCCGGGAAGUCGGCCCUCGUCGCAGCGCAGCAGCAGCGUCUCCAGCUCGCCCGCACACACCGAGAGCUCGUCCGACAGAAUGCCUCUUCAUCAGAACGGGUUGGCCAUGAACCAGGUUUUCCUGGGCCUGUCUCCCAGCAUCCUGCCCGGCCCCAAAGAGGGCGACCUGGCUACUCUCGACUUUGGCCACGAGGCUAAGAGGAUGCACGCCGAGAAAGAAGAAGCCCCUAUGUGCACUCCAACAGCGAGGGACAGCUAUGAGAGGUUGUCAUUGGCCAGUCAAGCUUUACCGCCAGGUUUUGCAUCUCCUUUCCUGUUCCCUGACGGACUGUCAUCAAUAGAGACCCUACUGACCAACAUUCAGGGCCUGCUAAAGGUGGCCAUCGAUAACGCUCGUGCUCAGGAGAAGCAGGUGCAGCUAGAGAAGACCGAGCUGAAGAUGGAGCUGUUCAGAGAACGAGAACUGCGAGAGACUUUAGAGAAGCAGCUGGCCAUAGAACAGAAAAACAGAGCGAUAGUUCAGAAGCGCUUGAAGAAGGAGAAGAAGGCUAAGAGGAAACUGCAGGAGGCGCUGGAGUACGAGUGUAAGCGGCGUGAACAGGCAGAACAGAGUCUCAAACAGAGCUCACCUACAGAGAGCCUCCGAUCCCUGAACGACUCGUUGACCCAGGAGAUAGAGACUGACCGCAGCAGUGGCAGAACAGAUGCUGAAAGGACAAUACAAGAUGGAAGACUAUUUUUGAAAACCACCGUGAUGUACUGAUGAGAUGACAUACUGAUGAGUGGACUCAUAAAAGCCCAAAUAUGAAGAUCACAUGAAGUGAGCCCUGUCCAGUCAGGGCUUUUUUCAGUUCCAGAACAGGUCAAGCUGAUAGCAGACGCUUCAUGGACGGGACUGAGUUUCCAUGACAGAACCUACAAUUAAGACUCUUUUUUUCUCAGCAGUAUUGACAAUAUAUCGCGACAGAUUAAGUUGGUUGAACAUGUCUCCGUUCUACAGGCGACAAUUUGAGCACAGUAAAACGUACCAUUAGGUACACUCGGCGAUUAUAUUUACAACAGUUCCACAGCACUGACGAUUUUUAUACUGUAUUUAAACCAGCGAGAAAGCUUUGAAAAAUAAAAUUCUGAUCCGGGGGGGUUGUUUUGUAUUAAAGAAAAAAAAGAGAAAAAGAGAGAAAUCCUCAAUGUUAAAUAGCUUAAACGUUCCUAUCUUAGCUUGGACGAAAGGCCUCUGAAAAUGUGAAUUUGAAUAUAUGUUGAUGGAUAGAAAGACUAAUCUUUGUUCUACAUGUUUUCUAAAUUAGAAAAAAAAAAAAACAUACAAUCAAGUUUCAUUUUUAUCAUUGUUGUAUAUACAAGAACAGAUCCUAGGUUAACCCGCUCACUUUGUUAUGUGUAUAUAAAGUUAAAAGACGGUAUUGUGUAUGCAGUAGAUCUAUUAGGAAAAACGAUACCAACAUUUAUAUUGGAUUUAUAGAUUUGUUUCUGAGCCAUCAUUCUUUCACAUAGCUGCCAUUACGCUGAGGAAGCAUGCAGGCAUGUAAAUGUUUGUCCUGAAUUCCUGUUACUCAAUAAAUACUUAACUG